AUGACGGACCAGAAUGAAGUCAAGGUUGAGACCCUCCUAAGCAUCAUCAACUCCUCCGCACGCGAAGCGAUCGCGGAAUACAAGAACACUGGACAUGGUGUCCCUGGUGUCGACGCAGGCACCCUCCACCCCCUCGACUUCGCGACAGAUACACUUGCCCUCAGAAAGGCAAUCAGGCUGCUCGAGGGUGCAUGCGAGCAAUUGAACGCAAUACUGGCUCCCCCCCAACACACAACAUACAAUUUUGUUAACAAUUACAACUGGGCGUGCAUAGACGUCGCCGUGCAAUCACGUAUUGCAGACGUCUUGGACAAACACCCGGAAGGUCUUAGUGUGGAUGCAUUGGCUGACACAGUCAACCUCGACAAGACCAAGAUCGCACGCGUCUUGCGAGUUCUGGCCCUCAGGGGUUGCUUCAAAGAAGUUAAGCGAGACGUAUUCGCAAACACGCGACUCUCCCUCGUGCUCAGGUCAACAAGCAACGUCGGGUCUUGUAUACGACAUCAGCGAGAGUACCCCAGAUAUGCUGCGGUUCUGUAUGAGACUAUGGUCGACCAAGAGUUUGCAAGAUCGAAUGAGGUUGAGAAGGCCCCUCGAGCAUUUGCUCUCAAGAAGGAAGGCAAAAACAACGGCUUCUGGGAGAUGAACGAUGAGGAACUCGAUACAUUCCACAAAAGCAUGAUGGGCUAUUCUGAGGUUCAGAACUCGUCUGCGGUACUCCAUCAUUACCCUUGGGACAAUGUGUCUUCUGUUGUGGAUGUUGGAUCUGGAACUGGAGCAAUGUCUAUUCCUCUGGCAAAAAUGUUCCCUCAUCUCAGAAUAACCGAUCAGGAUCUCCCAGAAACUAUGAAGCUGUCGAGAGAUAUAUGGGAGAAGAAGGCUCCUGAGGCGCUGCUCAGCGGGCACGUAGAGUUCGUGCCAUUGAAUUUCUUGGAGGAGUCACCUGUUGCUGGAAAGGAUGUUUACUAUUUGAGGAGCGUCAUUCAUGACUGGCCAGACGAUGAGUCAAGGGUGAUUCUCAACAACAUUCGCAAAGUAAUGGGACCAAACAGCCGAGUGUUGAUUCAUGACUGCGUGCUCUUGCGCCCAUUCCAAGAGCCUGCCAUAGAGGCUAACCAGUCUAGUAAGGAUCACAAGACGCCCGAACCCACGUUGUUGAACUUCGGUAGUCACACAUCACACCAACUUGACAUGGCUAUGUGGCUUCUUUGCAAUGGCAAGGAGCGAACCUUGAACGAAUUCAAGAACAUUGGGGCAAGUGCUGGUCUAGUUCUCACCCAAACCUAUGAUCUUGUAGCGACGACGCUCUUGGAAUUCAAAAUCGCUCAGGACUGA